CUAGCGGCGCUGCAUUCAUUCCGCAAGCCUCGCAUCUCAGCCGGUCGCACCAUCGCCCCGUCCCCAGCAGCUCGCUCCGCUUUCCCGGAGCGGCCCGAGUGAGUCCGCCCGUUGCAUCCCCGGCAAACUCUCUCGCCCUCGCCGCCCGCCCGGGCUGGGCACGACACACGGGUACCAUGAUCUGCAAGACUCUCUUCGCUCUUUGCAUCUUCACCGCAGGACUGAGGGCACAGAGCACGCCUACACCUGCCACCUUGCCUGUUUCUCUUUCGGCAAAGAUUAAUCCACCAACAACCAUCUGGACAAGCUCUCCACAAAGCCUUCCUGACUCCCCCACUAGUGCCACAACAAAUGGCACAACUACAUCACUUGUCACAACAUCUACUCAGACAUCUACACACCUGCAGAAUGUUACUGCAACAUCCAAAGAGGAGACCACCAAUGCAGUCACCCAGUGGGAAGUUACAAGCACAAAACCCUCUUCAACAAGCAGUGGCAUCCACUUAACAAUAUCCAGGGAACACAGUUCAAGCACUCCAGAAUCAAAUGUGACAACUACUACAGAAUCUCAGUCUUCUACUGAGUCAUCCACAUUCACCUCCCCUCAGGUGCCAGCCACAUCACCCUCACCCCUGUCAUCCACAUCACCUGAGGUAUCGUCAACCUCUGUCAGUUCCAACCACAGUUUCUCUGAGAAUAGCACCAAGCCUACAAGUGGACCCACCUCACCAGAGUCCACUACCGAAGAGCACAGCUCAAGGCCUACACCCUUGCCGCAUGUCACCACUGAGCCUAUGCCCAUGGAGACAACACCACAGACAACUAAGUCAACCACUGUGAAUAGCCUGACCAAGGAGACUGAGAUCACCACUGCCUCCCCUGGGGUGAUCAUGCAGGAAGUGGAACAUGCUCUCAGUUCAGGCAGUGUCGCUGCCAUUACAGUGACUGUCAUUGCUGUGGUGUUGCUGGUGUUUGGAGUUGCAGCAUAUCUGAAGAUCAGGCAUUCCUCCUAUGGAAGGCUUUUGGAUGACCAUGACUACGGGUCCUGGGGAAACUACAACAAUCCUCUCUAUGAUGAUUCCUAACAGAAGAAUGAGACCUGGAAUGUGGAAUAACUGUUCCUUAUUUAUAAGUGCUUAUCCAGUAGAAUUCAUAAGUACCUGAUGCACAUUGAGCGACAAUCUUAAGCCCUGUUUUAUUGGUAUGAUUGUUCUGUUUUCCUCCCUCACCUCUGGCUGCAACCCUUUCCCCUUUCUGAUCCAAAGAGAAUCAUUCUUUAAUGGUGUGUGCAGGCUGAUUUGUGAUUAAAAUGAGUCAAGCUGGAGAAAGCCAGACCAGAUACCCAUGGUAGAGACAACUGCAGCCACCACAGAACCCACUUUGAGAAGUACUGAAGAAGGAUUCUGUUGUUCUAUCAGGAGUUACUUUUAGAGGCACUUUUGAUUUGUGGUAUUUCCCAACUCUUAAUUUAGGAAGUUAACUCUGCAUUAAAUAACCCUGCAGGAAAAAGGAAUGAGUAUUUGAGAGGAUUUCUUUUUGUCAGGAGUGAAGAAGCCAGAGUUUCUCCAAUUCUGUUUGAAAUCUCUUUUUAACUGGUAGAGUCUGACAGAAUGUCUAGUUGACUCUGCAGGCCAGUUAGAAGCUCUUCUGAGUUGCCUAAUUAACUGAAAGGAAACCAGCAAAGUGCCAGGUGAGUUCCAUGAGCCCAGGGGCAAUGUAGCAGGUUGCUGUCAUAUCUCAGUGUGCCCUAUACCUGUUCCCUACUCCAGGCCACCUGUCUGCUAAGAUGCCAGUUCUAGUAAACCACAGGAUUUCAGCCCACAAGCUUCAAGCAGAGCACAGUUCCACAGGAGAUGGUUAUGAGAAUUAAGCUGAGUUGUAGAGUGAAAAGAAGCAUGCUGUGUGAUCAUUAUGAUCAGAGAGCGAGUGUGGGGAGUGAGUAGGAGACAAGGUAGGGGCUAGCAUUGAGACUCCCUAAGAAAGUCAGCCCUCCAGCACUGUCAGAAAUAUUCGAUUCUGGGCUGAACCUACAGAAUCUUGCUUUAUUUCCAUCAAGUAACUGGUUCACUGCUGUUUAUUAUUAUAAACUUUUUCUGAGGUAUUAGUCUAUCUUCAGUUGCUCAGAAGGACAUUUCCAUAAGAAAAAGACAACAUGAUAAUACUUUAACCCUAAUUAUCUAUUUACCUUACUAUUUCUUCUCUUUAAUGUUUUCCCUUGGGUAUAUAGUCUUAAAACUUCUCAUUACAUGUUUUUAUAAAGAGUUGAUCAUUUUAAAGGUAGUGAUUCUCAACCAAGAGUUUAUUUUGCUCCUAGUCCUCUCAUUUCACAGGAAAUAUUUGAAAAUGGGAAUGGUCUAAUCUG